CUGAAAAAUAUGGCUUCCACUCUUUUGGCCCUGGUUUUAACCUGUCUCACCUUUCAACUAGUGCUUAUCAAUGCACAAACACCGGUAGCUGCACCCACUACGGCUACAACACCGCCACCUUCUACCACACCGGUUGCACCAGCUGCACAAGCACCAACAACUGUAACACCACCCCCUGUAACAGCAGCAGCAACCCCACCCACAAUCCCGCCAACAACAUCCCCAGCCCCUAAAGUUGCACCAGCCACAAGCCCGACAGUUCCACCCCCAAAAACUCCACCAACACAACCACCAAAGAUUUCACCAGUCUCAACUCCAUCUCAGCCACCACCACUACCACCACUACCACCUCCAACACUACCACCACAGGUAUCCCCAACCCCAGCUCCUGUUAAAAAAUCACCAGCACCAGCACCAGCUAAGGUAGCACCAGUGCCCUCACCAUCACAAGCACCACCAGUCCCGGCGCCAACACCAUUGAAAGCAUCACCUGCGCCAGCACCAGUUGUUGCGGAACCAGCUCCAGCACCUGUGGAAGUGCCAUCACCUGCACCAGCUCCACAUAAACACAAGAAAAGGAAGCACAAGCACAGGAGGCAUCAUCAUGCACCAGCACCAGCGCCAACUGUCCAAAGUCCCCCAGCUCCACCUACAGUGACAGAUACAGUGGAUACAACACCAGCACCAUCACCAAGUUUGGAUUUGAGCGGAGGAAAUGCACUGCACCAGAAAGGAGCGAACUCUGCUAUCUGGAUUAUGACUGGAUUAGCUAUUCCUAUACUGCUGGCAAUGACAAACUAGCAUCUUAGAUGAUGAACUAUGAAUUCACUGGUGGUGCACGGAGACAUUUAUUUCAUAUGUAAAUCUCAGAUGUAGGAAUGAAUAAUGCAAGAGACAAACCAACAACAAUAGCAUUUUUGUAUAUGCCACAUGUUCAAUAUAUUGAGGGAGAUGAUUUUUGGGUUUCAAC